GUAGCAGCGAAUUCAACAUGAGAGGAAUUUUGGCGAAUUAAUCAGUCCAUAUAGGCUUUAGAAAAAUGAUCUUUGAGGUAAUUAGUAAUAGAAUUCAUGGGUGAUUUUGUAAUUAUGCAAGAAAGAAACGACUAUAAAAAGCAUGCACCAUUGCCACUAGCAGUAGCAAUCCCAACUUUCCAAAUCACAGCAGCAUUAUUUGUCACUGAAAGUGCUAGCAUUGCCACCUGACCUAAUGGAGUUACGCUUUACUCUCCUGCUUCUGGUUUUCUUCUUCUGCACGGCUCAGGUCUCAUCAGAAACCAAGAUUGAAGAGCACCAAGUUCCCCAGGUGGUGAAAGGACCCAACAGAAGGCUUUUGCCUUUCGUUGAUUGUGGAGGGUUGUGCAAGGUGAGGUGCAGCUUGCACUCAAGGCAAAACGUGUGCGCAAGGGCGUGUAGAACCUGCUGCGCCAGGUGCAAAUGUGUUCCUCCAGGCACCGCGGGGAACAGAGAAAUGUGUGGGAGAUGCUAUACUGACAUGAGAACUCAUGGCAACAAGCCCAAGUGCCCUUAAUGUCUCCAUCUAUCAGCUUGCACUUGAGUGCUAGAAUUAGUGCAUGUAAUUUCCUGGUUUGUGGAUGUUGAUGUGCUGUUUGUUAGAUAAGAGUUGAGUCCUUGGAUCUUAGUUCCAUGUUAUUGCAGCUAUAAUCUGGUACUACGUACUAAUUCAAAGCGAUCUCUCCGAUCUCUGA